AUGAAAUCAAACAAUCUACCAGUUGACCAGAAACAGAGGAAAUUAACUCAGUUAGCAUCAACACACAACCAAUAUCAACCAUUUUCUUCUUAUUAUCUUUGGUAUCUAAUAGACAGAUUUCAUUUUAUCAUUGAUGACAUUCAAUCAAUUUUAACAUUUACUAAAAACACUUGUUUUAAUGAAUUUGCGAACGAAUUUAUGAACGAAAGACAAAAGGCUGAAUUAGAAGGAAAUAAAGGAAAAAGUUUAUUUUGCAAGAUUUCGCUUAAUGGAUCAUAUGGUUACGAUGCAAUGAAUACACAAAAUUACGCAAAGACUAAAAUAAUGAAUGCACAGAAGUCACGCGUUGCAUGUAUGUCAAAUAAGUUUAAAAACAUAAGAGAAAUAGGAGAGGAUACGUAUCAAGUGAUGCUCAAAGAUAGAUUUUAUAGAUGUGAUACAUGUUUACAAGAGGCAUUCUUCACUUUAGAUAAUGCUAAAUACUGGUAUUUGGUUUUCAUUUAUGAUUUUAUGUAUAAAUGCAUGAAUGUUAAUUGUUUUCAUUUCAUUGAAGGUGAUACUGAUUCAUCUUAUUGGGCAAUUGCUGGCGAUCCAAAUCUUCCUAACACUCAAGCAUUUCAAGCAAUUGUUACCGAUAAACAAUUUUAUGAUAAAAACAUUUUCAAAUUCGCACCAUUUGAUUUCUUCUGUUUUGAUGAGAAAUUUAAACCUAAAUUAAAGAAUAAAGCUGAAGAAAAAGCACAUGAGAAGAAGUUAUUGGGUUUAGCAAUUGAGAAACAAGGUGAUAACAUGGUUGCUUUAUGCCCCAAGUGUUAUACAUCAUUCAACGGUUCAAUUGAUGGAAGUGAUUUUAAAAAGAUUGCACAAAAAAUGAAAGGUGUUAGUUUACGACAAAAUAAACAAUUAACACCUAAAAAUUAUUUGGAUAUAAUAAAUGAUAAAGUGAUAUUUGAUG